GUUUCCUCACUUUCACCAUGUUCUGAAUUAUCUGUUAUCAAGCAGACCAUAUUCUGGCAUUUCGCCUCGAAGCGCCUCAAUUCGUGACGGCUGCUUCGACUAGAGCGAAUGACAUGGACAAUGUACAGCGGGAUCACAACAUCCUCUCACAGCAGAGGAAACCGUCACACGAUGCUGGAUACGAUGUGCCAGACGAUUACGCCAAUCUCGAUGAGGUAGCUGCUCCAGCACCCAUUCAAAAUCCAGACGACAGUCCUAUACAUCGACGGCGGACGUUGGAAGGGCGGAGCCAUCACUCUGGAGAUACGAGUGCCUCAAGAGGCGCGCGGAGACCGAGUUUUGGGAGGUCAAUAUCACAUUCGUCCCGGAGAUCAAGACGGGUAUCUGAUGGAGGAACGAGUUACGAUUUCCCAGAUAACUACGCCCAUCUCGAUGAAUUAGCCACGCCUUCGCCGGUGGAGAAUCCCGACGAGGCUCGUGUAUAUCUGCAUAAGUCGUUAGAGGAAGCGAAGGACGAGGAGCAGACUUAUGAGCGAGAUCAGGAAAACCGCAGAAGGGCCUCAUUAGCAGGAGGUGUGCAGCCGCAGGAAGAGCAGAAAGAAGAAGAGAAAGCUGCUCAUAAGGUCUCGAGAUUUGCCACACAAUUAUAUGUCAUUUCUUAUCUGAUACUGUUCUCUUUCCUCGGAACUUUGGCUCGACUUGGACUACAAGCUAUCACCUUCUACCCCGGAGCACCUGUUGUAUUCAGCGAAUUAUGGGCAAACUUUGGAGGUAGUCUUCUUAUGGGCUUCUUAAGUGAAGAUAGGAUGCUGUUCAAAGAAGAGUGGGGCACGCCAACUUACAAGCAACAACUUGAGAAAGCAAAGCAGCAGUCUCAAGACGAGGAAAGUGGCUCAAGUUCUGAUCAAGCUAUCGAUUUGGCGGCGGCUAAGAAGGCUCAUGCUGCUACAAAGAAGACAAUCCCUCUAUACAUCGGACUGGCAACAGGCUUCUGUGGAUGUUUCACCUCGUUUUCAUCUUUCAUCCGCGAUGCUUACCUGGCGAUGUCAAAUGAGCUGCCGACUCCUUUGAACCACCCUGCCGAUUAUGGUGUCGGUGAAUCAACCACUUCAACAGUUUCGAGGAAUGGUGGUUAUUCAUUCAUGGCCUUGCUGGCUGUCAUCAUCACUACCGUUUCGCUCUCAAUGUCAGCUCUGGUGAUUGGCGCUCAUCUGGCUAUACUCUUAGAACCCUGGACUCCAAGCCUACCAUUUACAUUCUGUCGCAAGGUUCUCGACCGUGUGGCUGUCGUUCUAGCAUGGGGUUGCUGGCUAGGAGCGAUAUUCCUCGCCAUCUGGCCUCCUGACCGACAUGAUGGUCACCCAGAGACCUGGCGAGGUCGAGCAGUCUUCGCCCUAGUCUUCGCUCCUCUUGGGUGUCUAGGACGCUUCUACGCCUCGAUCUACCUGAACAGCAAGAUUUCCUCUUUCCCACUUGGGACAUUCGUUGUAAAUAUUUUCGGCACAGCAAUCAUAGGCAUGACCUAUGACUUACAGCACGUGCCUUUUGGUGGGGUAGUGGGGUGCCAAGUACUUCAGGGGAUAGAAGAUGGGUUCUGUGGGUGUUUGACUACGGUCAGUACUUGGGUCAGUGAGCUGAACAUGCUGAGGCGAAGGAAUGCUUAUAGAUAUGGAGCGGCAAGCGUCGUUGUUGCGUUCUGCUUCCUGGUCGUUAUUAUGGGUAGUGUACAGUGGACGAGAGGGUUCUCUAAGUUGCAGUGUGUACAUUGAAAUGCUUUGUUUGCGUUACAAGAUUAGAUCUCUUCACCAAAAAACAAUGGAUAUAUCAGAUAUAUUGG